AUGGCCCGAGACAGUCCUACCGUUGCGAUGUUGCUGAUGAUACUUGGCGCGCUGUUGCUAGCUGCACAGCCAUCCUGUGCGACCAGAGAGUGGCUCGACGGCGGAGGGUUCCAGCCCCGUGAAGCGCCCGCGAGUGGCAGCGGCAGUGGCGGCAGCGGGUCCGUAUACAUCGUCCGCCUGAGCUCCGCGCCACCGCUCGUCGAAUACCGCGGAGGAAUCGCCGGCUACCCCGCCACUGCCAAGUGGGACGACGGCAGCAGCGAGAAUGACGAGGACGACGAAGAAGCUGUACCGGAGAUGGAUCUUGGAGCUAACUACGUCGAGCCAGGGGCAGGUGCAGCGUCGUCGAGGGCGGCAAACCACGAAGCCGUGGACUUGGAUGACACAACGACUCGUAGCACUGAUAGCAUUGAUCAUCCCUGGAGUUCCGCCUUCUCGGGGCCCAACGCAACUGACGGCACGUCGGCGUCAGGUGACGUUGGCAACGGCGGGCGCGCGCGUCACAGAAUGUGGCUGAGCAUGGACCAGCCCCAGGUGGCGGCGUUCGCGUCGCUGCUCCAGCGGCAGCAGGCGCAGGUGGCAUCUGAGGCGGGUGUACUCGACGUGGACCUCAUCUACAGCUACAAGCACACCUCCAACGGCUUCGCGGCGCGGCUCACACCGCUCCAGACCACCGAUUCGCCCAAAUUCCUCGGGCUCCCCGGGAAGGUGUGGCCGGCGCUUGGGGGGCAGAGCAAGGCGGGCGAAGGGACAGUGGUGGGAAUCAUAGAUUCAGGCAUCAGGCCGGAACACCCCUCUUUCAGCGAUAAAGGGAUGAGCUCGAAGCUCCCGGCCGGGUGGAAGGGUAAAUGCGAGCAGUCCAGCUCGUUCCGGUGCAACAACAAGGUGAUCGGUGCUAAGGCGUUCUACGUUGGGUUUCAGCAGCUCAGCGGCAAGCCCUCGCUGAAAAACGACUGGCUCUCGCCGCGCGACGGGGACGGACACAGCACGUGGUGCGCGGGCGCGGCGGCGGGGAACCCUGUGAGCAUGCAGGGCGGCGGGCAGAUGAGCGGCAUGGCGCCUGCAGCGCGCCUCGCGGUGUAUAAAAUCUUCUGGACGGACAGCGAGGGGGGCCAUUACGGCACGGAGACAGACACCGCGGAAGCCGUUAAUCAGGCCGUGGCAGACGGCGUGGAUGUGCUCUCCCUCUCGCUGGGUUCUGCGGAUCCCAACGACAACUAUUUCAACGACCUCACGUAUCUGAGAGCCAAUGCUGCGGGGGUGUUUGUGGCCUUUGCUGCCGGCGAUUCGGGACCCCCUGGUCAGUCGCAGGGUGGCGGUUACCGCACGGUGGACAAUUUCUCUCCUUUCUUCCUUAGCGUUGGCGCCAGAUGCAUCGUGGCGGAUCCCAUUCGUGCGCUGUUGUUGCAAGCCGUGAUACGUACUGCUGCUGCAUGUGCAUUCACCCAUGUGGCUCAAUCAACCCCCUUGUCUCCCAAUCCGCCCUCCACUCUUCCCAUCUCCCGCAGCACGAUCGCCAAGGGAGCGUCCCUAGCUUCAACCGCUGCCACUCAGUCCCUAAACCCUCUCAACGCCAUCACAAGCAGCAACGGCAGCAACAGCACAGGCGACAGCAGCGCCACGCUCACUACCGACGGGGGAAUCACCUUCACUGCUGCCUCCUCUGCUCCAAUGGUCGCUGACUUCUCCUCUCGUGGGCCCCUCUUACUGCCCUCUGCCACAGCCCGGCCCCGGCAGCCAGCAAACAAUAUUCUCAAGCCCGAUAUCAUCGGGCCUGGCGUUGACCUUGUAGCCGCUUUUCCCUCAAAGAAAAUCGGUGAGCCGGGCACGACCGCCCGCCUCUCCGGUACUUCCAUGUCUACCCCGCAUUUGGCGGGGCUAGCCGCGUUAAUCAUCCAGAAGUUCCCCAACUGGACCCCGGCUCAGGUCAUGUCCGCGCUGAUGACAACGGCACGGGUGACUGACACGAGCAACAGCCCGAUUAAGAGUGCAGGGUCGGGAGAAAGAGACGCAACCCCGUGGGACAUGGGCGCAGGGCAUGUGUUCCCACUUGCUAUGCUCGACCCUGGUCUCACAUACGACGUUCGAGAGAAAGAUUACCAGAAUUUCCUGGCCGGGCAGGAUGCGAACCGGGCGAAAAAGGAGUUCCCAGGGGCGUCUCUCACCCCUCUCGCCGUGCGGAAUCUGAACCUUCCCACCAUUACUCUGCCUUGCCUGCAGGGCUCUGUUCAAGUCACCCGGACAGUGACGUGCGUUGGCAGCUCUGUGUCCACAUACAGUGUAUCUGGGAAGGCGCCCCAGGGCGUGAAGGUGACUGUAGCGCCUAGGAGUUUCACGCUUUCUCUGGGGCAGAAGGCGAAUUACACGCUCACAGCCACUGUGGAUACACCCAGCAAGGACUUCAAGUACGGGUAUCUAGUGUGGGCGAACGACAAGGGGCACAGCGUGCGCUCUCCUCUCGUGGUGCAGCCGAUUUCACGCUAA